GAAAAACAUGUUUGUUGACUUCAUGUUCACGUGCUGAUUAUUUUCCAUUUUAAAAAUAAUAAUUAAUAUCUACAUCAAUCAACUUACAGUCAUAAACUGCCAAAAACCAUCUCCAAAGUUUAUAUUUUUAAGGUAAACAUAAUAUUCAACAUGUCUUCAAAAAGACCACAAUUACCAAAAUCAGUACUGGAAAUGAAAUUCAUGAGAAAAACUAAGGAAAGAAUAGAAAAGGAAUUAGAAAAUACACAAGGGCAUGACAGUUUAUACUCUAAUAUCAUAACAGAUGAAAUGCGACACGCUUCGGGUAAUUUCAUAACAGAGUCCAGUUUUAUAUUUUGUGAGGACUUGCUUGAAGGAAGGUUGUCAUACAAAGGCAUGAACCCAGAAAUAGAAAGGCUUAUGGAACAAGAUUUCAGAAACGCGAAUCCUGAUGGAGAUAUGAAAAAAGAUGUAUCAGAUGAAAUAUUAUUGAAGAAAAUGGAACAUUUCAAUAGAACCAAGAAACGGGCUUAUCAAACUCCCAAUAAACAUCAUGUAUCAAAAAAACGGAAAUUUUAAGAUGUUAUAGAUAUGUUAUUUUAUAUUUGGUCAAAGUUAUUUUGUUGUUUUAGGUAUUUGCAGUGUAAUUAUGACUAAAUCUUAGACUUUAGAAGCUUGCUUCUAUGUAAUUAUGUUUGUUAAAAGUGGUUAUCACUAGCACAAACUCAAUAAAACACUUAAAUAUUCAAUAAACUCUUUAUUAUUUAAAAUUUUCACAUAAUUUAAUUCUCCUUUUACUUAUUAUUUCAUUUACCAACAAUUUUGUGGUUUUAGCCUAAUUUAAGUACAUUUUCAUGGGUUUAUAGGUUAAUUUAACCAGCAACUGAAUGCAUAUUUUUAAAUUACAUAAUUAGUGUAUUAUUGUUUUUAAAAUUAAUCAAUAGGAAUCUUACAUAAUGUUAGAUUAAAUGUAAUGUUACAAUUUAAUGACUAUGUUCAAGUACCAAAUAUAUAUUUCUAGAAUUUAUUUAAUAAUCAUUGGGUUGUCCUUACAAAUAAGGCACUUCACUAACAUCAUAUUACUAUGAUUAAUCAUUGUCAUUUUAAUUUGUUCAAUGUAUCAAUCAAGUAGAUUAACAAAAUUGC